AUGUCCUUUGAAAAAUUGUAUGACAAGCUCCUAGCCCAUGAGGUCUUUCUCCAACAUUCAGAACCAAAAACCAACACACCCUUGAUCACUGCUCAAUUAAAUCAACGAGCCCCAUCAAACCAAAACUCCUUCAGGCGCAAUUACAACAACGCAGCCAGCAAUACCCAACAACGCCGUAGCAACCAGCAGCAAGGAGGACCCAAUAACUCUUUUAACAGUCGUCACCACCCUGGACCACCUAACAACAACUCUAGGUCCUUCGGUUCCCGUCAAUCCAACCAACAACGUGUUCAAUGUCAAUUGUGUGACAAAUGUGGUCACAUAGCCAAGGUUUGUCGCUCUCAAUCGCACAACAAAUAUGAAGCACAAGCAAACAUGGUAGCUCGCUCCUACAACAACAAUGGAAAUCCUUGGGUUAUGGAUUCCGGAGCAUCACAUCACAUAACAGACAAUCCGUCCAACCUCACUUUCGUCACUGAUUUCUCAGGCAAUGAUGAGAUCAUCAUAGGAGAUGGAUUUGAACACGGGGGCAGCACUACAUCAAGGACAGAGCAACAAUGACCUCUAUGAAUGGCCAACAACUAAGCUGCCUAGUAGAUCCACCAGUCUCUCACAUCAAGAUCACUUC